AUGCUCCAGGAAAAGCUUCGCGUCCUUGUUGUUGGAAGCGGUGGGCGUGAGCAUGCAUAUGCAUGGAAGCUGAGCCACUCCCCCUUGGUAGAGAAGGUCUUUUGUGCCCCUGGAAACGGUGGGACAGAUGGAGGAGCUUCUUCAAAGAUAUCAAAUAUCUCAGUCAAAGGAGAUGAUUACCCGGGACUGGUAGCGUUCUCCAAAGAGAACGGAGUCAACCUUGUUGUCCCUGGUCCUGAGGCUCCCCUUGUUGAUGGCAUUCAAGGAUAUUUCCAGGCUGUUGGCAUCAGAUGUUUUGGACCUUCCAAGGCUGCUGCCCGUAUGGAAGGUUCUAAAGCCUUCUCAAAGGACUUUAUGCAACGUCACAACAUUCCAACGGCUCGAUAUGGAAACUUUACCGAUUAUAAGGCCGCCUGUCAAUAUCUUGACUCUGCCAACUAUGAUGUUGUUAUCAAGGCUAGUGGUCUCGCCGCUGGUAAAGGUGUCAUUAUUCCUCAAAACAAAGAGGAAGCGCUUAUGGCCCUGAAAGAAAUCAUGGUGGACCACCAGUUUGGAGAUGCAGGCAAUGAAGUCGUAAUCGAGGAAUAUCUUGAAGGAGAUGAGCUCAGUAUUCUUACCUUUUCAGACGGUUACACCAUCCGGUCGUUGCCCCCUGCCCAGGAUCACAAGAGGGUCUUUGAUGGUGACCAGGGCCCCAAUACCGGUGGUAUGGGGUGCUAUGCCCCUACCCGAAUCGCCUCUAAUGCAGUUAUCGAGACCAUUGACAAAACCAUUGUGCUACCUACUAUAGAUGGAAUGAGGAAGGAAGGCACACCGUUUAUUGGUAUACUGUUCACCGGCUUAAUGAUGACCAAGAAUGGACCCAAGGUACUAGAGUACAACGUCAGAGGAGGGGACCCAGAGACCCAAACGUUACUACCACUCUUGAGUGAUGACACGGAUUUAGCCGAAGUUAUGGUUGCCUGCACAGAACAUUGGCUUGACGGAGUAACUCUUAAAGUGGAGCCUAAAUCGUCCGCCACCGUUAUUGCUGUGGCAGAGGGCUACCCCGGAUCUUACGCCAAAGGGAGAGAUAUUACACUCGACAAGACUGCAGACAACACCUUGAUCUUCCACGCGGGAACCACGCUUGCAGACGGCAAGCUCAAAACCUCUGGCGGCCGUGUCAUUGCUUCCACUGCAACAGCAAGCACUCUUGAAGAUGCCGUAAAGGCAUCCUACUCUGGCAUCUCCGCGAUUCAUUUUGAUGGCAUGCAUUACAGAAAGGACAUUGCACACCGCGCGUUUAAGCCGUCGUCGAAGACAUUAACUACUCAAGAAUCACUAACUUAUGCCUCAGCGGGUGUCUCCAUAGAUGCUGGUAAUGAGCUUGUCAACCAAAUUAAGGCUAACGUUGCCCGAACCCGCCGCCCUGGAUCUGACGCCAUCAUCGGUGGGUUUGGAGGAGCUUUCUCACUAGCAUCAUGCAAGUCUGGCUUCCAUGAAUCAUCUCCAACUCUCAUUGGAGCCAUUGAUGGAGUUGGCACUAAGCUUAAGAUUGCGCAUGAAAUGGGUAUCCACAACACAGUCGGCAUUGAUCUUGUUGCUAUGAAUGUCAACGACUUAGUGGUACAAGGUGCCGAGCCCCUUAUGUUCCUUGACUGCUAUAGCUGCGGGAAACUCGAGGUCGAAGUUGCCGCUGCUUUUGUUGCUGGCGUUGCAGACGGAUGCGUGGAAUCCGGUUGUGCUUUAGUUGGAGGUGAAACCGCGGAAAUGCCUGGUCUUUUCACCGACAACAGUUAUGACGCUGCUGGAGCCGCCAUUGGUGCCAUCGACACCUCUAAGAACCGUCUACUUCCAGACAUGGACGCAAUGAAGCCUGGUGACGUCUUGCUUGGUAUUGGCAGCAGUGGGCCACAUUCAAACGGUUUCUCACUCAUCAGGAAGAUUGUUGAGAAGUCGGGACUGUCGUAUCAAGACCCUGCACCAUUCAAGAUGGGCAAAGAAUGCGCGAACUUGGGCGCAGCUCUGCUUACUCCAACACGCAUUUACGUCAAGCCACUGCUUGCUGCUAUCGCCAAGUUCCCCCAGGGAGCAAUCAAGGGUAUGGCGCAUAUCACAGGCGGCGGUCUGGUUGAGAACAUACCUCGUGUUCUGCCCAAGGGCCUUCAGGCCGACAUUGACAUUUCAUCCUGGCCACUACCCGAAGUCUUCAAGUGGUUGAAAAAGACCGGCAAUGUGGCAGGAUCAGAGAUGGCGAGGGCAUUCAACAACGGUAUCGGCAUGGUUGUUGUGGUGGACGAGUCCGAAUCUGCUAAUAUCAAGAAGUACCUUGAAGAGCUGCAUGAGACCGUCUUUGUUAUCGGAAAGUUGGCUGCGAAGGCCGAUGGAGAUGAUAAGGGAUGUGUGCUUAGGAACUUGCAGGUCUGGGACGAAUGCUAA